AUGACGAAGCUGGUUCAGCUGAAGAGGUACGCGCUGACGCCGGUGGUUGACCUUAUCAACCACCAGAGCGGGAUUGACAGCGACGUCUCCUACAACUACUUCUACGGCUACUUCGCGGUCACCACUCAGAGGGGGUGGACGGCCGGGGAGCAGGUGCUCAUCAGCUACGGGCCGCGGUCCAACGACCACCUGCUCCGACGCUACGGGUUCGUGGAGCAAGACAACCCCAACGACGUCUACCGCAUCACUGGGCUUAUCGACAAGCUGUCCGACGUCUUGGGCAAGGACAGCGUCAGAGUGCUGCGAGAGUCCGGGGGGAAGCUUGGGACGACGGGGGACAAUGCGGAAGGGCGGCCCGUGGAAUCGGUUACCGUGGGGCGGUCGGGGCUUCUUGGGGAGAAGGAGGAGGGCAGGGUCAUGCCGGUGUUUCGGUUAGCGGUCGUCAAAGAUGACCAGUUGCCCGAGGGGAAAGCGGCGGGAAUCUCGCUCAAAGACUUUUCGAACGAAAUAUCGCCAGCCAAUGAGGCUGCCGCUCGCGAUGCUCUGAGAAAGCUAUGCAUCAAGGAGCGGGAGGGCUUUGCCACUACCUUGGCAGAAGACGAGGCCUACCUGUCCUCGCUGGGCAACAGCUUGGGAGCCCAAAAGCGGGUCGCGUUCAGCUUCCGCAUGGAGAAAAAGCGAGUGCUGGACGCCGCCAUCGCGUCCAUCGGCACCGCUGGCGGCGGCGGGAGCAGGGACAACUGA